AAUUCCAAUGGCCUCUUCUCUAAACAUCCUCCUGCUCCUCCUCAUCACUUUAUCCACAAUCCUUCCCUUAUCAUCUCAAUCUCCACCUCCCCAAAAUGCAACUCACCUACACCUGUACUUCCAUGAAAUCAACGUCGGUGCAAACAAAACCACCAAGGUCAUCGCACCCCUGAACUCGACUGAUUCUGGAUUCGGAGGCAUAAUUGCUCUCGACGAUGAACUAAGAGAAGGUUCAGAUACUACUUCGAAGCUCAUCGGACGAGCUCAAGGCCUAGCGUCUGCAGUGUCACAAGAGGAGCUCGCAUUUCUUUUCACCGCCAAUUUUGUGUUUGUAGAGGGGAAGUAUAGUGGGAGUAGUUUAUCCGUGUAUGGAAGGUUUGUGCUUGCUUCGGAGACAAGGGAGUGGAGUAUUAUUGGAGGGACUGGACAGUUUCGGCUCGCUGGUGGUUAUAUUGUUGGAAAAAAACUUAGUUCACCGUCGGGUACUCUUCUUAUAGAGCUCGAUAUUUACGUGUUGUAAACGUGAAAGGAGCAUGCUCUUUUCAACGGACAAAUUAACAAGCAAUAUAUGCAAUAAAAUCAUUUAUAGUAAAACCAAGCUUUGUAGAGAUUUGGAUCAUGUAUCUUGGCGAAAGAGUAUAAGUUUGUACUUUUUUUAUUCCGUUUAUUUACGGAUAUAAUAAAUGGG